AUGUACAGUCCAGAUCCCAUAAUAGCUCUAGGAUCAUCUUCUGUCGGAGAUGGAUUCUCGCUCACCCUUUUAGUGGCUUGUAUAUGGGGCCAGGAGUCCAUUGUACAAGCACUGAUCCAAAAAGGCGUUAAUGUCAAUGUACAAACAGACUUUGCAAACAUACCGCUCCGAGUUGCUGUUCGCAAAGGGAAUGAGAACAUCACUCGUAUGCUGGUUGAGAGUAAAGCAGAUACAUUGAAGAAGUAUGAUAAGAUACAAACGAUGAGGUUUCUGUUGCAACGAAAAGUGGAUAUGCAGGCGGCAGACGAUGACAGUAUUCGACCAAUUGAUAUGGCACGGAGUCACCCUGAUCCUGCAGUUCGGACUUUAUUCGAAGAAUUGUGCAACUUUGAAAGUGCAGAGGAGAAUAUCGAAGGGGCCUUAGAACAAAUUCAUUCAUCACAAAGUAAGCAAUGA